AGAAAAUUAUUUCUAUAAAUUGAAAGCGCGCGAAGCAAUUGCCCAGACAAUUGACCUUAUAGAACUAUGUAGAAAAAGACAAAGAGAAAAGACAAAGUAAAGACAAAGAACGAGGCGCAAAUACUUAGCAAAAAUAUUCAAAAGGUUGGGAAGGUUAGUUUUGUUAAUACUAACAGGAUAGAUCGUCCCCAUAGUCUCCGAAGUAUUUAAUGAACCGUAUCAAUUUCUUGGGACACAGUCACGAAUUUCUCGGCGAAGAGAUAACUUUACAUACAAGUCCUAGAAAAACUGCAUACUUAUAAAAAAAUCAUAUUUCAUAAAUAUUUUUGAUACACGAAUUAAAAUUAUUUUUUUGUUACUUAUUUUAUUUUUUUGUAUUAUAUAUAAAUAUAUAGUACACAUUAGUUGCUAUAUAUUUAUAUUUUAUCAUCAACUGUUAGUUUCUUAUAAACUUUUUUGUUAAAUGUUGCGUGUGUUAAUAUAACGUAAAUUAAUAUAAUAUAAAAUAAUGCUUACAAAAAGAGCAUGUGUCUCAAAAAGUUAACGCGAGCCUUCCAUUAUUCAAGAUUUUGUGCAUUAUUAAUGGUGUAUAUUGUUCCUCUCUUUGCCUAAAGAUCGAUUUAAUUUACUAAAACCGUGUUAUGCUUAGAAUAGCUAAUAGCACGCAAUCUGAGCUUCGUUAAUAUUACAAUAGUAAUGUGUGUCCUUUGUUCUAUCUGAUAUACCAGGAAAAACGAACUAUGUACUUGUUAGAGUCUUACACACAUUGCUUUCAAAAACUCAGUACUUCAACACUUUCUCUUCAAAGUAUCCUAUAUCAAAAAUAUAAAUUUGAUGUAAUCAUUCACAGUCGUAAACGUAUCAAUUAAUAAGAAGACUCGAGAUAAAAGAUGGAAGAAGAAAUCUCUGUGCAAGUGGAAGACAACUCGCCCUCGAUAGAGCACACUUUACGUCCAGUAAUAUUUGUCUCUUGGUUCCUAGGCGUCGGCGUUGCACGUCCACGAAAGUGUCCUAAAGCUGUUACGAUAAUCCUACGUAUCAUUCACUUUGGAGUAUGUUCCGCUAUCGUGGCUUAUGGUGCGAUAGAUUUCUUCACCUUUGGUAACGUCUUCAAAAGCGACAUAUUCAAGAUUAUGUACUACAUGAACAAAAUGACGUGUUAUGUGUCGGCGUAUUAUUAUGUUUAUCAUGGCAUUAGGCAAUACGAUAAGUGGCCUAAAUUAAUGAACAAAAUGAAGAAUCUCGAUCAUAAGAUCAGAAGAGAAACGUUUGUGAACAAUCAACCGAUAAAAAAUAUCGAAGUGCUGGCUAUUCUCGCGACAUUCGCUUGCGGACCUCUAUCUCUAAUCAUACAUGCUGUGUAUUAUUAUUUUACAUAUCCCGAAAAUAUUUUUGCCUCCGACUUGCUGCUUUAUUAUACGAUAGCUCAAUCAUUGAUGAACAGCUUCAUCUUUGAUAUUAUCGUCUACGUGCUGUACCACAGAUUUCAAACGAUAAAUGAAUUAAUCGUGCAAUUAGAUAAACAAUUUAGUGCGCCAUGGAUUACGCAUAAAAUCAGAUGCAUCAGAGAAUUACACACGGGAAUUUGUGAUGUAGUCAUCAUGAUAAACGAUAUUUACGGUUUUCAUCUUCUCCUUUGCUCGGCAAAUUGUUUCACCAUGGUCGUGGCUACGCUAUUUAGAAUUUACAUGAGCGUUGUAGAAAGAAAUUACGCAUUCAUGCUGAUAAAUAAUAUUAUUUGGAUUUUAUACGCUGUGCAAUUCGGCCUAAUGUGUUGGAUCUGUACACUUGCGCGUCAAGAAUCCGACAAGACCGGAAUAAUUAUGUAUACGAUUGUGCUAAAUUACAACGCUGCGAAUCUUGGUAAGCUAAACAGUACGAAAAAUCAAUUAAGUCUGGAAGUACCACCGGAAAACCAAGACGAUGAGCAAAAUUCUAAUAGAAGUAGCAGUUAUAAUCUGAACUAUAUUACCAUAAAAAAUCUCCUACGUAAAAACCUAGACCGAGACUGUGUCAGAAACGAAGUUAAUGAUUUUUCGAUUCAACUACAACAAAAUCGAGUAGCAAUUACUGCUUGCAACUUUUUCGAAAUGAAUAAUGCUCUACUUAGUGGUUUCAUCGGUGUGAUUACCACUUACUUAAUAAUCCUCGUUCAAUUUUAUUGACCUGAACAUCGGGACACAUAAUUCAAUAGGAGACGCUAAGAAAUUCUCACGCCUUAAAUAGCGUUAAAAAAUAGGAAAGAUGAAGAUAAU